AUGCAGAAUGAAUUUCUGUCAACAUGUGUCCAUUCAUGUUGGAGUACGGACCGCGAUGCGAAUUCCUUCACAACGUGCAUCCAGGACAUUGCAAAGGAAACGUUCCCAUUGCUAAUGCAGCGGAAAAAGUUUCCCUUCGCGUCUGUGGAGACAAGAUCCAUGUACAAUUCUGAACCCAACGCCCGCAGCACUGGUGAUUUCAGCCAGGAAAGGCGUCUGAGAAGGAAGCCGCCUCGCAAAUUGCAACAAGAUCGCGAAAACGAAUGGAUUUCAAGAACAAAGGAGUUUGAAAAUGCGAGGGAGUCCAAAAAUCCGCGGAAGGCCUAUGAGUUAUUAAAGCAGUACAGCGGCAAGAUGAAAAGAUAUUCCACAGUCCUCAACACUGCUGUCACUGAGUACCUGUUGUUAACUUUCCUAGACUUCGAAGUCGCUUUCGAUUCUCAACGCUUCUCUGUCUGCCUUCUCAACGCGCUUAGCACCGAUAGAGUACCAGGAAAGUUCGUUCGUCUCAUUGAUGACCUGAAUCAACGAGCAACUGCUGCAGUUCGGACACCAGUCGGAUGUACAAUGCCGUUUGAUGUGGAACUGGAGAAAGACAAGAGGCAGUGA